AUGAGCCGCGGCUGGGCAGCAGGAGGAGGAAUCCGGAGGCGCAAAAUGCCGCGCUGUCAAUGUGCUCCGCCCUCACGGUGUUCUGAGCUGAGUCGCUCUGACAUUGUGUGUGGGCGGAGCCACGGCUGGAGACCCUGUAGUCCAAGCAGCGAGCAGGGGGAGGAGCAGGGUGAGUGAUUGCUAAUAUUGUUAUUUGUAUUUUUUAAAGUGUUUGUGCUGGAAAGGCAAAUUUAAAAAAAAAGAAAUCUCUUCCUGCAAUACGUUGUGGGGCGCCUGAGGAUGCACAGGGCCCCAGCAACUUAUUGCUCUGCAAAUUACCCCCUCUUCCCUUUCUCAAAAUGAGACCGGCAGCUUCACCUACGCUCUGCCAGAUCUCGUCCUUCCUGUCCCACGAGGCACUAUGUGUGCUGGGGAAAGGCAGGGCUAAGAAGUGACAUCACGUCCUACAUUCUACUCACACACAGACCUUUCACAGCCAGCGAGGGGAAGGAACAACAGCCUGUCAGAGAAUACUGA